AUGAACAAGACCAUCUCUCAGAUCCGGGCAUUCUUUCUGUCUGCUCCCUCUACCUUCAAUGGGACCCACUCUUUCCUCAUUCCACUUUUAAUUGAGGGAGACUUGACUCUGGGCAACGCCCACUCAUCGCUCCCUCCUAGUCCGGUCCUCUGGACACGACAGCCCCUCAAGCACUCGAAGGCUGCCGUCUAUCAAGCUGCCUUUCACUCCCCUCCUCGGAUCCCUUGCGUCUCGGAAGAGCUCAGCGCGGGCCGCCACCAUCGCAGCCUCCCUGGGCGCGGCCUGGCCCGAAGAAGGCCCACAAUUCUGAGACGCGCCCCCCUCCCGCGUCGUCGCUUCCGGAUCUCUAAGGAGUCGUUGGUUUCUACAAGGGUUCUUCUCGAGAAUGUUCUUUCGAACCCCAAGUCUUCCCACGUACUCCUGCCUCUCUCCAACCCCCGCCGCGCUCCUAGUUCGAGGGCAGCCGAGGAGCGAGAGCAGUACGCACUCUUUUGCCGGCCCAAACCCCCUUUUCUCAGAGAACCGGGGCGUGCGCGCGCGCCCUCUCUCUGGAGCUUGCUCCCGCCUCUUCUCGCCACCCCACUCCUCGCGAGGAGCCGCAGGGCGAGCACGCGCCUCCUCCCGCCCCGCCUUUUUGGAGGAGGCCGAGGCGGGGCGCGCUCUUCCGGUCUCGGUUCCAUCGCUCCGCCCCCUCGCGUGCUUAGAGGGGCCGGGCGCACGCGUCUCGUCACGCCCUCGUCCCUCCGGCCCCGGCCCAGCUCAACCCCCAAUUCGGUGUCUGAGGGUCUCGUGGGUGUCCUCGGGGCCUUCCAGCGCUGAGGGGCCCGAAGGGAAAAAGGAGGGAAAAGGGCGGGAUUGCUGGGACGGGCAUGAAGGAAGAAUCAGCCCAGGGGUUAGACUGGGACAGUGACGAGAAGGUGGUGGAGGGGUCGGUGACCGAGAGCGAGCGGGAGGAUGAGAAGCUGACCCUGAAAAGAUAAAUGGAAGUAAUCACAUUCAAAUGAUGGGUCCUGUUUUGCAAGGUUCUCUCCAUCCCCACCCCUCAAAAAAGGAUCCUCUCCUAUGAUGUAACACACAGCUACUAAGUACCACUUCUCUAACCACUGCAUCACCUCACCUUGUUGCUUCAGUAUGGUCUUCACCUAAGUUAAAGAAAUAAAAGGAGUGUUUUUAAGUGGGCAAAG